CGAACUUUUGUCAUAAAAUUAUGUACCGGAACAGAGUAAUUUUAUGAUUCAUUUUGUGUGGCUCAUAAUCCACGAAGUUCAGCCGAAAUCUAGGAAAUUGUUGCCAGUUUUCGAACCUGUUUGCAGAGGUUAGACCAAACCAAGUCCCGUGGCAGCACAUUGAAGACAUAGCAGUAGCUCGUACAUUUCCUGCGAAGGCACAGUAGCUAGAAAAAAAAUUACCAGCAAAAGCGCAGUAUCAACAAAAGCCUUUACCGGCAAAGGCGCAGCAUCAACGAAAGCCUUUACUGGCAAAGACGCAGUAUCAACGAAAGCCUUUACCGGCAAAGACGCAGUAUCAACGAAAGUCUUUGCCGACAAAGACGUGUUAGGAGGCCGUGGGCGCCAAACCCCCCAUGGGCGCCGGAGGAAGCAGCGAGCGCCGAGCGUCGGUGGGCGCUGUGGGCGCUGCCAACACGGCAGGAGCGCCGGUGUUCCAGCAGCGCCACGUCAAGGGCGUCAGAGGCUGCGGCGUCGACGACAGCAACGAGCAAGACUUCCUGGACAUCUCCUACAGCGAGGGCGGUGGCAUCAUCUCCCCUCAGUUCAUCACAUCGUACAGCAAUCAGAGAAACGGCAAUAGCUUCACAAGACACAACAUGAAAGCUCCGCCAAGCAGUCACUGCUCGUCUCCCGCUCUCGACUCGAGAUCCAACAAUACGGCAACAAAAGUUACACAUGGUAGAUGUACUGAGAAGGACUUCAACAAAGAAAACACAAAACCCCUAAAACUUAAUCAACCACUAAGCGCCGUAUCCAGUAAUCCAAGAAAUUCUCAUGGAAUAUCCAAGGUUCAACCUGCGAAAGCAACAAGUCAAGUUAAUGGGACAUCUAUAACGCAAACAGGCGCAACAGAGGAGGCUGAAAUUUCACCGAGCCAAGAUGGGAGGCCGGUCAUUAAGUCUGCUACUUCCUCCUUUGAAUCUCGGACGGUGUCAGAAAGCGUCAGGAGUGUGCGCCGUCAAAUCAGCGAAGUUCCUCUGCCGGCUGACGAUAACAAGGAUCCGAGGCCUUACCGCUCGCGGAGCCCAACGCGGUCACCUAACUCCGGAGACCUCCAGAUAGAGGAAGUCGCUUGAAUUUAUAAUAGAAAAGAAUAGAAGCGUCGGCACUGAAG